AUGGGUUCCAAGACUCUUCUUUUCUUCUGCAUUUUCUUGGCUAUAUUUCUCAUGAUUACCUCACAGGUGGCUGCCAGGGAAUUGGCUGAGACUUCCCCGUCCGUUGACAAUUCCAAGACUGUCGAGACGAAUGGCGUAGAAGACUGGUAUGGUGGAGGUGGCUAUGGUGGUGGCUAUGGUGGAGGCUAUGGCGGAGGCUAUGGUGGUGGCCGUGGUGGAUAUGGUGGUGGUGGAUAUUGCCGCUUUGGUUGUUGCGGGCGAAGUUAUUAUGGUGGGUGUUGUAGGUGCUGCUCAUAUCCUAGUCAGGCCGUGGAUGCUGAGCCUCAGAAUUAA